AUUAACGACAGAUUAGUGACUAUGAGAAGGAAUUGGAGGAUAUGAAGCACAUGACUAGACAAGAAUUUGUAGCCUCCAUCAGAAGGAGAAGUAGCGGUUUCUCAAGAGGUGCAUCUAUGUACCGCGGCGUAACAAGGCAUCAUCAGCAUGGUAGAUGGCAGGCAAGAAUUGGGAGGGUUGCUGGAAACAAAGACCUCUACUUAGGAACUUUUGGCACGGAAGAAGAAGCGGCAGAAGCGUACGACAUAGCGGCCAUAAAGUUCCGGGGCCUCAACGCCGUCACCAACUUCGACAUGAGCCGCUACGACGUCAAAGCCAUCCUCGAAAGCGAAACCCUCCCCAUCGGCGGAGGCGCCGCCAAGCGCCUCCGGGAAGCGCAAGCUCUCGAGUCUUCCCGGAGGCGUGAUCACGAAAUGUCCGCGCUAGCCCUCGGCGCAGCCUCCAACUUCCACUUCUUCUGCGACUCGAGCUCCGCCUCCACUGGAGCCUUGCACGCUCCAUUUACUCUCAUGCCGCCGCCCUUCGACGCGCAGCCUUUGCGAGCCCUGCCCGGAGUUCAAGACUUCUCCCUUCACCACCACCAAUGCAUACAAGAAGCUCCGAUCAGCUACGUCCAGACGCAGCUUCAGCUCCGCCAGACUUGCUCGGAGUAUAGCAGUUACCAGCCCCACCCUUAUAUGGAACACGAGUUGAUGAGCAUUGGCGGAGAGUCGUCGUCGUCGGUGAUGGGGAGUAGCAGCGGCCAUGAUGGCGGCGGCAGAUAUUUCGGUGGAGGUUAUCCGGGAGGAGGAGAGGAAGUUGGAAUUGGCAUGGCCUAUUCCGGGUGGACCGGUGGACCGGUUCAGGGUGCACAUCCGGGCUUCUUCAAUAUGUGGAAUAGUUGAGAGUCCGUGGUGCUUAUUUUCCAUCUUUUUUCAAUGUAAUUGUAAUUUUAUGAAGAUUAUAU